GAUACACAUCACAUUGAACACACCUACAGAAUGUCCUGGUUUCAAGCUUUUCGGGGAGAAUAUGGCUUCACAAAUUAUGGAGAGAAAAGAACGGCAGUUACCAUGGAUGUGUCCCUUGCUGCGGUCAUAUACGCAUGCGCACUCAUAUCUUUGGCAACCCUGAUUGCUGCUGCUGGAAUUCGAGGAAAAGAACGUUGGUACACUCUCCUGCGAGUGUUAUACAGUCUGGCCGUGGGCUCUACCAUCAUACUGUCCAUAUUUGGAUAUUGUUGGAUGGAGGGUAGCAGCAAGGUCAGGGCUCCUUACAUAUACAGGUCUGGAGCCAAGAUUCACGGCGAGGUCGGGGUCAUCAUCGGACUUACAAAGGUCAACAUUACUCUGACGGGACACUUUGAAUCUGGUGGUGGUGAGGUAGCAUACAACGAAGAAAUAGCAUUAGAUGGAGUGGCGGUUCCUAGUAGGGAGCUAAAGGCUUGUUUGCUGAGAGGCCUGCCAGAUCCAGUAAUUGCUGUAGUAGAAUAUUUGACCACUGAUCAAGGAGGAUUGCGAUGGGGGCGGGGCUUCACCAUGGCAGGUUAUAUCGCGUAUAUCCUUUUAUGGACCUCCUUUUCAUUUUGGUUUUUAGCAAAUAUAAUGCUAUGCAGUGUGGUUUUCUACGGAGCAGCAUUGUAUACUCUGACGGGAAUAUGUAUGAUUUUGUCAAAUAUUUCAUACCACGUACUGCAGCCAACAAGAGACAUGCGCAUGCUUUGCUCGGAUAGUGAUUUUGCUAUCAAAUAUGGCAUCUGUUUCUGGGCUGUUUUUACCGUGGGUGUUAUAACUACGUUGGUCGGGCUAGGAAUCAUGCUUAUUGAUUACUUUAGUCCAAAGUGUCUAGCCACUUUCUUCAUGAUUGACAGCCAGUGCGGAGACGAGCAGACUGACGCUACAACACUGAAGGAACAGAAAUCAUCGUCAUUAACAAACUUUCAUCAGUAUCAAAAGAAUAUGAGACGUCAUUUUUCACUGCCAGACAUUGGAGUUACAAACAAAGGUUUCGACUUUGGCGAGCUGAAUAGAUCGAACCCGGUCUUCGAGGAAAAGGACGAGAAUGAAGUUGUUGAAAAAGACAGCAAUUCGAAUAACAAUAAGGAAAUCCCGAAAAACAGCAAUGCAAACUUUCAUAUUGGAGAAGACCAAAUAGUGAUCGAAAAUGAAACAAAUAGACAAAAACACAAUAAUCUUACAGUACAGGACUCGACGGGGGAAAAUGUAGUGUCGUCGGCGCUCUAGCGCGGCAUUAUGAAUGGUCUCUUGUGUUUGUGUUAUGACAGUUACUUGAUGAAAAAAGACAUCAUAAUUAACAUGAUAUAAGUUAAACGUUUAUUCCAUAUUGACAAUGUGUUAUCUCCCUCAAGGAGAAAUUCUGACAAUGGAAUGAAAAUGACCCGAAAAUCCAAAAGUGCUUUCAGAAUUUAUGGUGCCAUUAUAGGGGACGUGUGCGAAUGAAAGAGAAUGAUGUUUGUUUCGCUCGAAAACAAAAGAGAAUAAAACAAUGUAAAGAAAAAAUAAUUUUGAAACUUCCUAUGCAGCCAUCUUUCGCUGAUUUCGAAUAUAGCAAUUUUUUAAACUAGGAACAAUUGUUCAAACAGAAUCAUGCAGAUUUGUGUAUGAAAUCGAAAAUCCGUGUAUCUAUUUCUCUUUUGAAAUAGCCAGUAUAUUGGGAAAUAAAUCAAAUCAAUAAUUUCCUUGAACACGAAUGAAUGUAUAUGUGUUUGCUAUUUAGAUGUAUACCAUGGAUUCGGUGUAUAUUUAUCACACAAGACCGUAACCAUGGUUACAUCGUAUUUAUAUGUUGAAUUUACCAAUGUCUUUCAGAAGCUUUGUCUUCGUCGAUCAACAGCCACAAAUCUUAUUAUCGUCAUGUUUGUUAAAUGUCACACGCUUACCUAAGUGAAAUAGACGUGUAUGUGAAGGAUGUAUGUAUGUAUUCUCGAUAAUUUAAGGUUGAUUAACACGUCGAAACGUAAUUUCUUUGACUUUGUGUAUUUGGAAAAAAAUAAUGUGGACAUGCUGAAAUGAGGAAAAUAUUUAUCUUAAAUGAUGCGUGUGUGUCCAAAGACUUGAUCAUCGAACAAUUCAUUUGGUCUCUGUAAAUUAAUCUAGUGAUAAAUCCGCAAUUGUUUAAUUUAUUAGUCAGUUUUUAUGUUCAUCGAUAAUAUACGAAUAUGACAUUUGUAGGUUAUGUACAUAAUCGUAUCGUGUUGUUGUAUAAUGUUUGUCCUCACUUUAAGUUAACGUAGUACUGCAUAUGUUUACAUGCAACUUUGGCAGUACUAACCUGUACAUGUAAGGUCAAUGGUUAGACAGUGCUUGCUUAUGCAUAUCACAUCAUCAAUUUUCACAAAGUGCUAACCAAUUAUAGUACGUCAAUGUUUACAAAGUGCUAACCAAUUAUAGUACGUCAAUGUUUACAAAGUGCUAACCAAUUUUAACACGUUAAUGUUUCCACAGUGCUAACCAAUUAUCGUACGUCAAUGUUUACACAGUGCUAACCAAUUAUAGUACGUCAAUGUUUAAACAGUGCUAACCAAUUAUAGUACGUCAAUGUUUAAACAGUGCUUACCAAUUAUAGUACGUCAAUGUUUAAACAGUGCUUACCAAUUCAUAGUACGUCAAUAUUAAGACAGUGCUUACUCAUGCAUAUCACAUCAUCAAUGUUAAGACCGUGCUUACCAAUGCAUUAGUAAGUCAAUGUUUAGAUAGUGCUUACUUAUUCAUAGUACGUCAACGGUUAGAUAGUGCUUACUUAUUCAUAGUACGUCAACGGUUAGAGAGUGAUUACCGAUUCAUAGUGCGUCGAUGUUUAGACAUUGCUUACCUAAACAUAUCACGUCAGUAUUUAUAAUUAUAUUUAUGACGUUUGUGCUUUGAUACACAUGGCUUCCUUUUGCAAGCAUUGUGGCCCAACAUCCCUAAUAUUGACAUUUUGAAUAUUUCACUUAUAACUCCAUUUUGUAAUGGAAGUUAAUUUAAUACCACCAAAAUUACACUACAUUUCGAAAAUAUCGUAUUAAAAGCAAAUUUGAACAAAUGAUGUUGAAACUCUUUUUAAUAUCUUUUAUUGUCAUUUUUAUUAAACUUGUUUUUUUCAAUCUUCAUAAGAUUUAAAACAAUAGUUUUCACGAUUUCAGUUAUUUGUUAUUGAUAAUGCUACCAAUAUACGUAGUGUUGUCAAAGUGUUUAACCAGAGGUUUAAGCUAUUCUACAAUGUAUCUUAUCAUAUUUUUCAAAUUGUCUGAGUAUAAAGUAACAAUCCACGAGUCUUCUAAUACUUACACUUUGUCUCAAAUACCCUGUUCUCGAUCUUGCUAAUUUAUUGUUUCACAUAUGUAGUCCUUACGUUUGUGUUAUUGUUUAUUGUUUAACUAAUAAAUAAAGUAUGACAAUAAAUGCGUUAUAAUUGUUUU